AUGGGUGAAUCUUACGUUAGCAAGUCUUUAAUAAAUGAAAUACAUGAAGAAUACAUUCAUAAAAAUUUUCCAAGUACCCAGAAUGCGGCCAUUAGGUCCGAUGAAUUUGAAAUACUUCUGACGAUUAGAUACGACCCAAACCUUACACCAGUUUCCCCAUUGACAUACAAAGAUGUAACGAUACAGAAUUUCUUUCUUUUGCCUGAGCACACUGCUCGAAUAAAUUUUACCGUUGAUUUCUUUCAUUUACUAUAUGGGACUUCUCCAGAUUUUGAAAUCACUGAACUGUUUCUAUUUGAACAACUAGUAAAGGCAAUCGAACUGGAAGGCAAGUCUGUGUUGUAUUCAUAUAAGCUUCGCUUGUUACUCAAAUUAGACGGUUCAGCAAAAAUCGAGGUUCAUCAAGUACCAGAUAUAGGUAAUUUAUUAGGUGGAAUUUUUCCAGAUAUUGAAACAAUCCCAGAAGAGCUUGAAUUCCUCAACCACCAUCCCGAUUCCGAAGAGGCUGUUGUUUGGGAUUUGUAUAUUGAUAAGAAACCGACAUUGGUAUCACCGUUCACUUCCUUCAAAACUACGAAAAGAGACGCUUAUACUGAAUCUAGAGGCAUCUUACCAGGUUUGAAACCUGGGAAGGAAGAAGUCAUACUUUAUAAUACUCAAAACAACGUCAUGGAAGGUAGUAUCACCAACAUUGCAAUUAAAAGAGAAUCAGAUGGGAAAUGGGUAACUCCUUUGUUAAGUUCGGGGUGUCUUUGUGGGGUAACAAGACAUUUUUUAUUGCGAAAAAAGUUCAUUGAAGAAGAUACCAUAAAUAUAGAGAAAUUACAACCUGGAACUGAACUCUUGUUAAUGAAUGGAAUUGUUGGUGUUGUCAAAGGAAUUAUUGUUAAAUAG